CUUUAGUUAAACUGUUCAUCAAUUUUUUAUUCAUUAAGGAUUGAAGACCUCAUUAUGAUUCAAUUCGUUCCAAUUGGAGGGAUCGAUAAGCUGUAGCUGCCCUAUUCUGGGAGAGCGAGGCACAGACUGAUCCGUGGGAACCGCCUUUGCGCAUACCUCCAGGUGUGAAUCCUGAGAUCCUGACUUUCACUGAUCUACGAUGGAACGAUGGCCUACCCGUUGGAAAAUAUGAAGUUGAGAAGAUUAAAAGAAUGAGGAGGAAACGAGCUUGGCAGACGUUAUUGUCACCCGUAGAUUGUAUGAAUCAGAAAACUCAAGAGUUUAUUAUCAGCAUGAUUGAUCAAGAGGAGUGGGCUUUUAGGGAUAAAGAACUGCAAAGAAUUGCAGAUUGGAAGCUAGCUGCUACGAAGGACCUCCUGGAAUCGGUGAAUCAGGCCCGAGAAUUACGACUCGCUGAGCGUUUCGAUAAUUGUGGAAAAUAUCUGAGAGAAGUCCGUGAGAAGAGAAUCGAAGAUAUAAAAAAUGAAUUCCACCGAAACAUGCGAAAACUCACGGGAAAGUAUCGCGAAAAAAUGUCCACAAGUCGUUCGGAUCCUCAAGAAUAUUUUUCCGCAACGAAAGUAGAAUCCUACGUGAGAUAUGGAUUCGAGGACGAGCUAUUGAAAUCCGGAGAAGAUUCCGAAGAGAUAACGAUGAAUGGAUCCCCUGAAGAUGAGCAGAAGUCCAAUCUACUCUCCACAUAUUUAUGGAACAAUCCCCUGAAAGAAAAAAAGGUACCAUCUCGUAAGCCUGAUGAGCUAUGCAUCAAACAGACGAGGUGGACAGAUGAUGAGCUCAAAAAGCUUCAUGAAGACCUCAAGAAUAUUCGACUCAAUGGCAGAUUCAAACCAAAUCAUACAUCAACGAAAUAAGUUAGCAUGCUAGAUUGAUGCCGCAUUCCUCUACAAAUGAAACAAAAUGAUAAGUUAAUAAUAUUAGG